GAUAGAGCCGAGCGAACUACUUUCAGCGGCGCAGGGAGACGGAAGCUACGUAGCGGUGCUAAAUGACGCAACAGACGUUGCAUAAAUAAUAGGUCCGCCAACUCACGGCGUUCAGUAAGGAGUGGCUUUCCGGAGUAAACAGUUGUGUUUAUCCGGUGGCUGGACGUCUCUGGCGUUUUUGUGGCUUCUUCGCAUUCGAUAAAAGGUCAAAAUGCAAAUCUUCGUGAAAACCCUGACUGGCAAGACCAUCACCUUGGAGGUGGAGCCCAGCGACACCAUUGAGAAUGUGAAGGCCAAGAUCCAGGAUAAGGAAGGCAUUCCACCUGACCAGCAGAGGCUCAUCUUUGCAGGCAAGCAGCUGGAAGAUGGUCGCACUCUUUCUGACUACAACAUCCAGAAAGAGUCCACUCUGCACCUGGUGCUGCGCCUGAGAGGUGGGAUGCAGAUCUUCGUGAAGACUCUGACUGGCAAGACCAUCACUCUGGAGGUGGAGCCCAGCGACACCAUUGAGAAUGUGAAGGCCAAGAUCCAGGAUAAAGAAGGCAUUCCUCCUGACCAGCAGAGGCUUAUCUUUGCAGGCAAGCAGCUGGAAGAUGGUCGCACUCUUUCUGACUACAACAUCCAGAAAGAGUCCACUCUGCACCUGGUGCUGCGCCUGAGAGGUGGGAUGCAGAUCUUCGUGAAGACACUGACUGGCAAGACCAUCACCCUGGAAGUGGAGCCCAGUGACACCAUUGAGAAUGUGAAGGCCAAGAUCCAGGAUAAAGAAGGCAUUCCUCCUGACCAGCAGAGGCUCAUCUUUGCAGGCAAGCAGCUGGAAGAUGGUCGCACUCUUUCUGACUACAACAUCCAGAAAGAGUCUACUCUGCACCUGGUCCUCCGUCUGAGGGGUGGCUGUUAGUUCUUCAGUGUCCAAGAUGGUAGUACUCUGCACUAUAGCCAUUUGCCCCAAUUUAAGUUUAGAAAUUACCAGCUUCAAUAAUAGCUGAACCUGUUCAAAAUGUUAAUAAAGGUUUUUGUUGCAUGGUAA